AUGUCGGCCGAUGGGCAGCAGCAAGCCCCGCUUCGUGACAGUGGACAAGUAGAUGGCCUCGGCCCUCCUCCUGGUUUUGAUGUUGGCGACGUCUACCCGGCGGCACCCGAUGCGCCGCCCGCGCCUGUGUUUGGCCAGCGUCCAAGCAGGCAGUCUACCAGUUUGCCAGACUCCGAUGCACACAGUUCUUCGUAUGAUCAACGACAUACUGCCGACAACACUCGCGAUUGGAGUGACCGUUGGCAGAGCCAAGGGGGCGACCAAGCCGCCCAAUCAUGGGGAAAUGGUUGGGAUAAAACUGGUCGCUGGGAGAACGGCUACCAGCACGGCGACCACGAUCGUCGCGGCAGUUGGGAAGCUUCUACGGCCGCAGACUCGCAUCGCGGUGGACAAUGGAAACCAGACGACCCCUGGAGCGACGGCAGGGAUCCCUGGUCGCAAGGCGACCACCGCGAUGGGUGGCGACGACCUCAUGGCGACCAAGGUUGGCAUGAUCCUUAUCUAACUCCCGCGGCAGAUGGUCGAGCAGGCGGAACUCGAGGCAGCGAUCACGGAGACCAUCACCGCGGUCAGUGGAACAACGGGACGGAUGGGGCAGGACAAGCCUGGAAUGGCUGGUCCUACUUCGACAACGGCGGUUUCCAGGCGAAUGUUCCUUCGUCCGGGCGGGCUACGAAUGGCCCCGGCAGGGCCUCAGAGAAGUUGGCGGUUCCAAGCUUCGCUGGCGAGGAUUCUGAGGAUCUGGGAGGCUCCACUCGGAGCUAUCUCAGACAGAUAGAGGCCUGGCGAAGAAUGACGUACUUGCCGGAGAGCCAACAAGGACUCGUGCUCUACCAGAGCCUGACCGGGAAAGCUUGGGUUGCAGCCGAGGAGCUUUCGGUGAGCCGUUUGGGUUCCAAUGGUGGCGUAGAGUACUUUGUGGCAUGGCUGAAUGCAAGGUUUCUGGAUCUUGAAGUUGCAAGAGUCGGCAGAGCGUUCAGUGACUUCUUCAGAAAGCUUAGACGGCGUAAUGGACAAAGUAUCCGGGAGUACAACAGCGAGUAUGACAGGCUGCAUGCUCGCCAUCGAGAGGUGGGAUGCUGUCUACCGCAAGAAUGCGCUGCUUGGCUCUACGUGGAUCGCCUUCAGCUGGACGAACCACAAGAACUUAACCUGUUGGCCAGUGUCGGGAACCAGUACAACCUCUUGAAGCUCCAGCAAGCUGCGGUACUACAUGACCGUGGCCAUAGGAAACCAUGGGAAUCCAAAGCAAAGCGGCCCUACACUGCCCACCUCACCGAAGAUGCAGAUGGCGACGACGACGGCGAGGACCGCGAUGAGAUCUUCGACCACUUCGACGGUGACGAGGGCAUUCCCGAAGAGGUGGCCGUUGCCUACGCCACGUACCAGAGUGCCAAAGACAAGUACCGCGAGCAGGAAAAGAUCAAGUUGAUGAAGGACCCAGAGUGCCCCAAUCGAGGGGCCAAAGAGGUCGAUAUGUGCCACCACGUGCCCUCCGAGGUCUAUGUGCUCAGGCACGAUGGUCCCAUCCUCGUCGGCAUCACUGACACUUCCUGCGCUAAGUCGGUUGCCGGUACAACUUGGCUUCAACACUACAGUGACCUUGUGAAGGAUUCCCUCGGCAAGCCGGAGUUUGUGAGGGAAUCUGAGGCUUUCAAGUUCGGUACUGGUAAGGCGCACCAUUCGGCCUUCUACGUCCUCGUGAAGUUCAGACUUGGGGAUAAGAUUGUCGAGAUGAAGACAUCAAUCACCAAUGGCGACAUCCCGCUCCUUUUGUCCAAGGGUGCACUGGCCCAGCUCGGGAUGGUGUACGAUGUUGCUGCUAACCGUGCCAGCUUCCACAAGGUCGGAUUGAUGGACUUCGACCUGGUGACUACCUCUUCCGGUCACCCCGCCAUACCAAUCACACCGCCUAGGUCAGAAGGCGACGGCGCAAAGCUCGUCAUUUCGGACUCAGCAGCCUCGAUCGCUCGUGCAUACUUGGCGUUUGCAGACAUGGAUGCGCCAUGCAAGCCGCCGCCCAUCACCAAGAUGACGAAGGUGCAGCUGCUGGAGGAGUGCACGCGGGUCGGCCUGGUUGUGCAUCGCAACUGGUCGAUAGAGGAAAUCAAGGCGGUGAUCCAGGAGCACCGCAUGGCCAACUCGGCGACGUCCCCCUCCUACCGGAUGAAGUCCAUCACGAACCUCACCCUACCGGAGCCCAAGAUGAAGGCCGACGAGCUCGGUGUGUUGUAUCCGGCGAAGAUUGCCAAAGGAAAUCUCCUCAGGCUGGUGCGAGAUCAUGUGGCCACCCCGGCCACGGAGCUGAUGAAGAUAGGGCGCUACACCGGCUGGGAGUAUGGCGAGAUCCCCAGGCAGUACGGGAUGUGGGCAGCAAGGGAGAUUCGCAUGAACGGGAACCCCCACCCAGAGUUGGUGCGCUUCGCUCAGUGGUGGGAGAACAAGGAGCACGAGACCCACUACGGCACCAGCACCACCUUCGAGGAGAAUGCAACCGUGCCCUACCAGCCGGAGAACGAAACGGUGAGCGAAGCGCAGAGCUCGAGGUGGAGCGGAUCCAAGGUGGGGUACAGCCCCGAGCGAGAGGCCCGGCCAAUCCCACCGAAGGGCUACCCGAUUCCGCCGAAGGUCCACAAGCGCACAUCACCGAGCACCGGAUCCCACGAGGAGAUGGAGGCCGAGAUUGAUCCCCGCACGCUGGAGGAGAUUCAGCAGCUGGAAGCUCGCUUGGCCAUCUUGAAGGACAAGGCAAAGACCAGAGCACUCUUGACGACCGACUUCGAGACCACCGACUUCUACACGAUCCACGCGAGCUUCUUCCCCGACAAGGAGAACCUCCAGGCUUGUUGCUCGAGAGACGAUUACACCAUCGAGCACAACGUGUUUAUCACCGAGAAGGAGCUCUUCGACGGCCAGCAGGAGCACCAUUUGAACUACGCCUGCAGCAUCGACCCUCACUCCGCCGAGGAUCUCUUCGUCCAGGCCAUCGCCGACUGCGACUACUCAGAGGAGACCCUCAAGAAGCUCCUCGAUGGCAUCGAGUUCCCCAAGGUGAAAACUACAAGAGACGAAGUUUUUGGGGAGCACGGCGCACGGAUGCAGUACCGGACGUUUGGCCUGUACUCUCAUGGCGGAACUUUCGGUGUUACCACUAACACCAAGCAACAUGGGUCCAUGGUCUGCUACCUGAACGAGUUCGCCAGGCGUCGCCUUGGGAAGGACGCUACGUGGACGUCGGUGACCGUAGGGCGCAAUGCCGGCACCCAGGUGCACCACGACUUCCACAACCUCAAAGCGAGUCGGAACUACACGAUCUCACUCGGACAGCGAGCUGGAGGCGAGAUAUGGUUAGAAGACCGCGCUGUUGAGGAGGGCGACAUCGGGAGCGACGUCAAAUGGAGACGGGCCGGUACCGGGCAUUGGUUGCCGGGACGGAUCCACGACACCAACGGGAAGUUCUACGAGUUCGAUCCCUUCCUCAAGCACGCCACGGAGCCCUGGACUGGAGACCGAUGGUCUCUCACCUUUCACUCCACGAGGAACUACCCGAAGGUCUCCCUCGGCAUGAAGAGCUACCUCAGGAACUGUGGUUUCCCAUUGCCGAAGACCAACGGAAAGGGUCGGUUCGAUGUGGACGAGAAGCAGCGGCCUAAGAGGAGUACCCGGAAGGCAUUGUUCAACAACGCCGCCCGGAUCAGUGUCAUGAUGGCGAGCUUCAUCUGUGCCGCCGGGAACUACAUGAACGAGCACUUCUACCCGCAGGUGGAUUACCAUCCCAUCGUUAUGUUCGAAGUCGGCGGCACUGAGGCUACAGAGGAGGCGGCCGACCUUUCAAAGGACGUCUUCGAGCCAAUGAGUUGGGAGACUUACCGCUCCCCCGAGGGCAAGGAGACCGCCUAUCACAUCAUCAAUGGCGGAACACCGCGCGAGCUACGACUGCACCUAGAAGGAAAAGGGGCGCAAUGUCACGAGGCCCUGGCUGAGCUCAUCCAGCAGCAGCUUGAUGAGAACGGAACGGUUGAGUACACCCAGUACUACCAGGAGAAGGACGGGAAGUUCUUCCUCGUCCUGUUCAAGAGCAACCCCGACGGCAUCAUCGUGGAAAGGGAGGACCGAGCCCACGAAGUUUGCAUGGUCGGCACAGGCAAUGGCGACGACCCUGGGAGCGAGAUUCCAGUCCUUGGGGCCGAUGGCAUCACGUUCUCCAAGGAGACACCCGGACGUGUCGCCACCGCCUUGCGCCGACUUCAUCAGAAUCUCGGCCAUCCUCAAUUGCAUGACUUUGUGAGGCAUCUUCGUCUUGCUGGAUGCGAAGCUCCGGUGCUGAAAGCAGCACGAUCUAUGAGAUGCCAGGUUUGCGAAGCGAGCGCGGGACCGAAGGUGGCCCGCCCCAGCACCGUUCCAGUUCUACACGAUUGGAACGAUACCCUUGGCAUCGACCUUUUCUUUGCGCACGAUAUCAACGACCAGAAGCACACCUUCCUGUCGGUAGUUGGCUACGGCACGACCUACCACCUCGCCGCCAGGCUCGAUGGACAAGGCGCCGACGACAUUGAGGCCAAGUUCAAUGAGAUGUGGGUCCUGCCAUUCGGCCCGCCAAAGACUGUUGUUGCUGAUCUUGAAGGAGGUCCUCAAGUCGCCCUUGCACGGCUAUGUGACUGGCACAACAUUGGUGUCAGGAAUGUGGCAACACAGAGUCAUUGGCAAGCCGGGAUGGUGGAGCGACAGCAGGCAUGGUGGAAGUCGAUAUGGGAAAGAGUGACCUACCAGAUGAGUGUCGGCGAGGACGAAGUCGACCUAGCGACCUCGACCAUCAACAGCGCCAAGAAUGAUCUUCGCCGCAAGUGCGGCUAUAGCCCGUCCCAAUGGGUGUUUGGAAAGGCCCCGCGACUACCCGAAGACCUACGUGAUCCCGAUGGAGGAGAAGGACUGGUCUGGGACGUGACACAGGUCGAUCAGCGUCUCCAGAAAGCGCUGCUUCAGAGGCAACUACUGGCUUUCCAAGGGGGGCCGAUGUCGGCUGACCUCACCCGAGCACGUGCGACCUACAACCCCGAGGAGGUCGGAUCCUUCCUCACUAUGAAUAGCCGAGACGAGGUCGAGAAGCUCCUCGAGUAUGACCCCGACGACCCGGAUGUCUUCGAGGACGAGGAGGACGAGGACAUGCCCUACGACCCCGUCGAUGACGUCUCGGUGGACUACGAACCGAUCGAGAUGAACUUCGAGGAAGGCGAAGGCGAGGCCCCAAUCCUGGAGCCGAUGGCGGAAGAUGAUCUCAGGCCGCCCCUGAGACGCCUCAAGCGCAAGACUAACCCCAGCGAGAUGGGUCAGAGGGACAGCGAGGUGUGGAUGCUCCGGAGUGACCUCACGAGACGCGGCGUUGAACAACGCAAAGAGAAGGAGUUGAAAUGGUCGGAGAUUCCGGAGGAGGCCCACCAGAAGUUUCGCGAGGCCGAAGAAGUUCAAUGGCGCGAACACCUCAGCUACGACGCGUUACAGCCUCUUACCUUAGAGGAGAGCAAUGCCGUCCGGGCGCGGGUGCCACCCAACCGUGUUCUUCGCUCACGAUGGGCCUACAAGGACAAAAACUACGCCUGCCGCCGAGACGGAGAAGAUGUUCCCUGGAAAUGUAAAUCGAGGCUGGUUAUCGCCGGGCACAUGGACCCGGACCUCGGGACAGAGCGGCUUUGUCGAGGUGCGGCUUUGCCUGCCUUCUGCAAACAGUGCGCAUUUCUUACCGGGAGCUACUUGAGCAGAGAGCUCUACAUGCAUCAGCCGAGGACGGGAUUCCCAGGGAUGAGCCCCGGCGAGCUCGUUAAGAUCAAGAAGAACGUCUUCGGCUUAGCUACAAGUCCUCAUGAGUGGUGGAACGACUUGCGCUCCAGCAUCACCGCGAUCCAGAUCCCUAUCUAUGAAGCGGGCAAGAAGACGUACUACCAGUUCGACCAGUGCCCGCUUGAUCCUUGCGUGUUCGCCCUACGGAAAUGGGAGAACGGGAACUUUGUCGGCAAGCCGGUUGCCUUUAUGGGAUGCCACGUCGACGACCUCCUCAUCGCGGCCCCUGGACUGGGAGAUGGACGAUUUCGAGUUCUCUUCCAGCUCGACAUCCCCGGCGGUGCGAAGGACGACGAGGUCGCCACCGACGAGCUCAUCAGCGAUAACCGCAGCCUCAUUGGGGCCCUCUCAUGGAUGUCGUCUACCAGUCGUCCGGACUUGACCUGCUCGGUCAGUAUGGCCCAGCAGCUGCAGAAACAACCCACAUAUGCCGACCUCCGUUUUACCAAUGCCACCGCAGCCAAGGCCCUCCUCUACAAGAACCACGGCCUAACCUUCAGGUACAUCCCACCGGAGCGCAUGAUGAUCAUCGUGUACCACGACGCCGCUUGGGCGAACGUCCCUGAGCCGGAUCCGGAGGAGGACUACUACAUCCUCACGCCUGAAGAAGACCGCCAGGGCCUACAGACGGAAGGGCCAUUCGCCGAGCGCGAAGGCAAAAGGAAGGCUAAGAAAGGCAACUCCAAGGUUGCUUCGCAGCUGGGUAUCCUCGUUACCUUUGCUGAUCGUGGAUGUUUGUCGGGAGAAGCCGGGAACUUCAGUGUUGCCGACUGGAAGUCAAGGGCAGGGCAGCGUGUCUGCAGGUUGGUCACUGUGGAACAAGCGAGGAUGCCCUUGCUGUGUCUCA